GGAUGCUGAAGAUGAGCAGCAGGAGAGCAGUGCCAGAGAGGGGGCUCUGAAGAUCACACUGCACGUCCUGAGGAAAAUGAACCAGAAGGAGCUUGCUGACACACUGGAGAAAUGCUGUCAGGCUGUGGAGUCACAGAGGAAGGCUGUGCUUCUCUGGUCUCAGCUCUGAGGUCAAACCCCUCACACCUGAGAGAGCUGGACCUGAGUAAUAAUGACCUGAAGGAUUCAGGAGUGAAGCUGCUCUCUGCUGGACUGGGGAAUUCCCACUGUAAACUGGAGACUCUGAGGCUGUCAGGCUGUGGAGUCACAGAGGAAGGCUGUGCUUCUCUGGUCUCAGCUCUGGAGUCAAACGACUCACACCUGAGAGAGCUGGAUCUGAGUAACAAUGACCUGAAGGAUUCAGGAGUGAAGCUGCUCUCUGCUGGACUGGGGAAUUCCCACUGUAAACUGGAGACUCUGAGGCUGUCAGGCUGUGGAGUCACAGAGGAAGGCUGUGCUUCUCUGGUCUCAGCUCUGAGGUCAAACCCCUCACACCUGAGAGAGCUGGACCUGAGUAACAAUGACCUGAAGGAUUCAGGAGUGAAGCUGCUCUCUGCUGGACUGGGGAAUUCCCACUGUAAACUGGAGACUCUGAGGCUGUCAGGCUGUGGAGUCACAGAUCUAAAUCUCUGGUCUCAGCUCAGUCAAACGACUCACACCUGA